AUGGCAAGCAAACGAUUUUACCCAGAAAAGCUUGUCAAGCCAUGUCCACCGUCAAAUCCAGACUGUCAUUGCUCAGAAAUACACACACCAGAAGGGAUUUAUACAUUACUGCAUGAAUUGUAUCAGGAAAACACACAGCCUCAAUUCAACUCGGGUACACAUGUCUCGCUUUUCUGUCCUACUGCAUCUAGUGCAACCCCUAAACAACAGCAACAGAAUACACAGUUUUUAUCAAUACCCUCUUACAACUAUAGUAGCACAACCACAUCUUCCAUCUCUGAAGAUGGUGGCGAUUUCCUGAGCUCUGUCGAGGAGGAAGAAUUAGACAACAACAGCAGCAGCAGUAAUAACAGCACUCAGAAUAGUCCGUCAGAUACACUCUCUGUGCCAAUUGAGCUCUUUUCUUCGUUAACAACCCGAUCAGGGCCACCCUCGCCCAAACCACCCACAGCAGACAUCGCCAUUGAACCUACCUCCUCAACAAACUCUAGCUCACUAAGCUCAUUCUGGCAUUCCGGUCGAGGCCAUCACCAUCACAAAAAACCCAAGAACAGCUUGUCAAAGCUCAAGUCUGGCUUCAUUGAAUAUAUGACGCCGCAUGAGCAACUACAAAAGAUGCUCAGCGAACGCACGCCACAGAACUGUAAUGUGUUUUACAACGUUGGAUUGAACCUAAUCUGGCAGGAUGAAAAGGGACAGCCAAGAGACGCAUUGUCCAAAAUUACAUUUGGCAAAGCGUACCCUACUUGCCAUGAUGUCAAUGCAGUGACAAGCAGUAUGGACCAUUUGGAUGUCAUUAUUGGAUUCUCUUCAGGUGAUUUCGUCUGGUAUGAUGCAGUCUGUAAUCGAUACACAAGAGUAAACAAGAACGGCAUCAUGAAUGGAUCAAGUGUAACAAUGGUAAAGUGGAUACCCGGUUCAGAAGAUUUAUUUAUGGCCUCAUUCGAUGAUGGCUCUAUUUUGAUCCUGGACAAAGACAGAGAUGACCAGGCUUUCAUACUGCCUGAGCCACAAUCAUGGGCAGAAGAACACUUUCAAAUCACCAAACCCAACAAAUUAAGUAAGCACAACCCAGUAGCGCAUUGGCGAGUGAGUCAAAAGGGGGUUACCGCUUUUGCUUUUUCACCAGAUAAUCAAUAUGUUGCGACAGUUGGGAAAGAUGGGCUAAUGAGAACGGUGGAUUAUACGAAUGAGAGAUUGUGCGAUGUGUUUGUUGGAUACUUUGGCCGACUCCUGUGUGUGGCGUGGAGUCCUGAUGGCAAAUAUAUACUGACGGGCGGACAAGAUGAUUUGGUGACAAUCUGGUCAUUCAAAGAAAACAAGAUCAUUGCUCGGUGCCAAGGUCAUAGAUCAUGGGUGACAGGUGUUGCAUUUGAUCCUCUGCACUGUGAUGAUAAAGAUUAUCGCUUUGCAAGUGUAGGAGAAGACUGCAAGAUAUUGCUGUGGGAUUUCUCAGUGAAUGCAUUACAUAAACCCAAGCAGAGAAGAGCAUCCAUUAUCACACUGCCUGGACACUCCAGCAGCCAUCAAAUACCUAUUCAAGAUUCCUUAUUCAACAGGCCAUUACAACCCCCUUCACCUCUCAAGAAGUUUAGAAAGAGAUCCAGCAUAUUUGGAAGCAGUGAAUCCACGUUGCUACUACAGCCAGUUGAGCCUACACAACAUGUCAAACUUCCAACCAUUCAUCCCGCGCUCAGUAAAUGCCAGGUACCUUUUCUGCAGCCCAUUGUCAAGCAAACGAUACACCCUGAUCCAUGUGUAGAUAUUGUAUAUAGAGAGGAUUCAAUCAUAACCACCGAUCGACGCGGUAGAGUACGUGUGUGGAGUCGACCUAGCAAUACUGUUUCUAGCUGA